CGAAAAUAUUGUCCAUCUACUGGAGGAAGAAGGGCCGGAUCGAGGGAUGGGACAGAUCGGAACCAGGCGCGCGCAUGUCGAUACAUAGCAGCGGUAGUUCCCACCUGCUGCGAUGCAUGGCAUCAGCCUUACUCGGCACGAGUGGUCGUCUGCUGCGCGGCAGAUCCUUCCAGCGUGCGACGCACGGCGCUGCAUUGCCACCAUGCCAACGACAGAUGGGGUCAAAAGUGUUCGGACAAGAAUUGGGUCGGGCAUGUCCUCCUACAGGCGGAUUUCGGAAUCAAAUGGACAAGAUCAAUCGACAAAUCGUCCCCCGACGAUGUGUCUACCAUGCUCGAAUGUUCCUUCUGUAGAGGUGCAUGCCCGACUUAAGGCCAAAGUGGUCGGAGGAGCCGGCGCGCAGCUGCACGCCGGCCACGUCGCCGUGCCCAUCACGCCAACGCCCAUACCUCGUCCUGCACCGAGCCACCAGGGCACCACCACAGGCUGCCGCACUGCACUCCGCGGCUGCCGCGAGUAACCACCAGGCCCGCGAGGGCCACCACGCCCGCUUUCGCCUCGACUUGCGCGAGGUCAUCGGGGCACUUUCGCGGGCUACCGCGCUGGCGUUGAGGAAACCGGGCCGGUACUGAUACCGCUACUCCCGGACGUCCGGGGUUCGUUCUGACCAGGAUCUCGGGGCGAAUCCGGACGUGGCGACGAGGGCCUCCCAGGAGGCCCAAAAGGGCGAAACGAGGGAAACGUAGCGGCAUCGGAAUCGGCACCUCUCCCUCCUCUGCGCAUUCUGCAACUGCCGCGCGCAGCACUAGCAGGGCAGAAGCGGAUCCCUCGCCGCGCCCUCGGGACACCGGAGGGUCAGAUAGGGCGGGGAAGGGCGUCACGAGUAGGUCCUCCCUCACCUCGAGUCGUCACCUCGUCCCCUCACCCACCACGAACAGGUGUCACGACCCGGGCCCCGAACCUGUGGGGCAAGCGUCACCUCUUUGGCGAGCGGGCGAGCGGCAGAGCGAGCGACGCGUCCGCGGUCGCCUCCAGCCCGCCGAGCGGGAGGUCACCGGGCAGCAGCACGUUGAACGCCAAGCUGAGCCGCGAGGGGACACCGCCACGGGACUCCGCGCAGGUAGCCGCACCCGCGCCCGCCGGGACCACGUGUUGAGAGCCACGGCGGGAACAUGAGGAGCUCCCCUGGCUCGGGGUCGUGGAUCACCGAAGAAGGUAAAAAAGCACAGCCGGAAGCUCUGGAUGUCCGCGCGAAUGCCUUGAUCCGCGCUGGGCACCAUCCAGCGGCGCCUCCAGCGCCUCCUCUGGCGCGCUCCGCUCGCCAGGGAGGGGGGCCCAGCGCAGCUCCGAGAAAUCCGCGCGGACUUCCGAGAGACCUUGCCGGUGCCGCUUCCCUUCUGCGACAUCACGCGCUUGCCAAAUGGCGGCACGGAGCCUCGUGGGUCUUCCAGGAUGAUGGGCGCCGCUCCGGCCGGCACGCGCAGGUAGAGCACGCCCGAGACCGUGGCAUCCGGGUGGAUGCGCCGGAGAACCCAGAAGCGCCAGAAGCACACCACAGCCACAGCGCUGCCAG